AUGAGUCAGGCUUUGGUACUACCGGCAUCUCUACGACAAGGCAUGAGGCUCUCUACGAGCGCCCUUCAGUCAAUGGUUGCAGUUGACCGUCUUGCAGCUUAUGCGACUAGUCUGCCUCGUGAGGGUGAGAAUGAGCGUGCCUUGGAGUACCGCUUUUCUCUCGAGCAAUCGUGGCCGAACUCCGGGGAGAUAGUUGUUCGGAACGUGAGUGUCUCUCAUCGUCAGGAAUUCAGCCGGGAGACAUCCUCUGCUUUGCAGCAAAUGUCAUUCAAGAUCCCAGGCGGUAUACAUAUUGCCGUUGUAGGUCCUACAGGUGGAGGUAAAUCGACUCUUGUCGCCCUACUCCUUCGCCUACUCGAUCCCACGAUGGGCACGGUAACUCUGGAUGGCAUACCGAUGAUGGACAUUCCACUACAUGUCUUGCGGUCCCAUCUCGUUGCAAUCCCUCACGAUGCCGUCUCGUUCCCCAAUAGCACUGUCCGAGAGGCUGUCGAUCCAAAGGGCAGCCAUUCUCGUGAGGAAAUCAUUCGUAUUCUCUCGGACUUGGAGAGGGUGGCCGGACUGCAUAGUCAGGCACCUCUCGCACUCGACGAACCUGUUGAUGAGCAGGUCGCUCAAGGGACAGGGAGGGCACAGUUGAUAGCCUUGGCAUCCAUGAUACUUCAAAACCCACGGGUAUGCGUACUAGAUGAGACACUCGGAGGACUAAGCGUCCAAGCGGAUGUUGAAGUUACGAAGAUGGUAAAAGAGGCACUGAGAGGCAGCACCAUGAUCGCCGUCACGCAUCGCAUGGAGGCUGCUAUGCUUUUUGAGCGAGUACUUGUCCUUGAUCAAGGCAGGAUACAGGCUUAUGGAGACCUGAUGGAUGUGUGGAAUAAGAGUGAGUUUUUUAGGAAGGCAUGUGAUAGAGACGGAGUCACACUCGAGAAGAUCAGGGGAGUUAGGAUAGAAAAUUAG